AUGGCCGGGAAAUCUCGCCCUAAAGGAAGGGGGGAGGUAGCCUUUAACGUGGUCGUGGCGAACACCGCCUUGUUCACUCCCUCCCUCUCCCCGCAAGCCUUUCACACCAGCCCGACCUGCAUUGCCUGCCGAAUCAGCCAUGCUUAUCCCACGCGGUUGUUACUUGGUGCGAAGGGUCCAUCCGGGUCGGAGACUCUUGUGCGGCAUUUAUUUCCUUCGAGAGCCAUGGCCGCUCACAACUCCUCCGACUUCCUUCAAGGGGCCCUCGCCCUCGCCUGCACGCUCCCCCCUCCCUGCAGCGCGCACUACUCCGCCUCCGCGCCCAUCCUCUCCGCGGAUUCCGCCGUCCUCCCCGCCUCCGCUCUCCCCUUCUCUCCUCUCUCUCACUCCCUCCUCCGCAUGAGCGCAACCACCAAGCCGCUUGCUCUCCGCGCCACCUCCCCCUCCCCGCUCCGCGACCUCCAGCAAAUCACCGAGCGCCACGUGGCACUCGCGCGCCAGUUCGCGCUGGGAUUCGCGCAGGAGGUGGCGGAAGCCGCGCUGGACCACCUUGCUGACGUGUACUAUGCGCUGAUGCUGGUGGGGGAGCGGCUCCGCCUCCCCCUGCUUGGUUCCCCCUCCGCUUCCCCCUCCGCGGAUCCCCUUCACCUGCUCAUGAAGCAAUCGAACGCCCCUUUCGCCGCCGUGAUUCCCGGCGAUACUGUAGCGGAGCUGGUGGUUACACAGGGAAUUUACAGCUUCCUUAACCUGUACAAUACUGUGCUUAUAGUGAGGAUUCUCCUUACCUGGUUCCCCAACGCUCCUUCCGCCAUUGUCAGCCCCCUCAGCACCAUCUGCGACCCCUACCUCAACAUUUUCCGAGGGUUAAUUCCCCCUAUCGGAGGCACCCUCGAUCUAUCCCCGAUUCUGGCCUUCGUGGUGCUCAGCGCGUUCACCAACGCGUCCGUCGCCUUGCCCGCGGAAAUGCCCGAGGGGGGGGCUCCGGGGGAGGGUCUGGCGGGGCAAAGGGGCGGAAUGCUGGGAGGCAGGCGCAGGCGGCCUGUGAGGCUGACGCGGGAGCAGAGGGAGAAGAUGCGCGCAGCAUCGAGAGCAGCUGAGCAGGGCCAGGAGGCGUAG